GCACCUGCUAAUUAACGGAACCACUUCCUUUUCCGGUUCCAGGCAGAAAAUGUCAAUACACAGAUGACAGUUGGAAAAAAAGUAAUUUUUGCAGACUUCUUUUGAAAAUUAACAUAAUAACAUACUCCAUAAAAUAAACAUGGUCAUUUCGUAGUUAAAGGUUGGACCAUUUUAUGGUUACAUAAUGGCAACCAUGGAUGUACGUCCUAAGAUGUUGCAAGGUCGAGAGCGUCCUGCAUUUAAACAUAAGCAACAUACACAGAAAGCAUUUGAGGUUCUGAACCAGCUGAGAAGGGAAAGUCUGUUGUGUGAUGUUAUAUUGAUUGCAGCAGACACUGAAAUCCCUGCACAUAAAGUAGUUCUAUCAUCAUGUACUUCAUAUUUCUAUGCCAUGUUUACACAAGAUCUAGCAGAGGCAAAAGCAGAACGUAUUACGCUACAAGAAAUAGAUCCUAAAGCUCUGGUGCUUCUUAUUGACUUUAUUUAUACUUCAGAAAUUCAUGUUACAGAAGACAAUGUUCAGACAUUACUGCCUGCGGCCAAUAUAUUACAGAUGACAGAAGUUAGGGAUGCAUGUUGUGAUUUCCUACAGUCUCAACUUCACCCAUCAAACUGUUUGGGUAUACAAGCUUUCUCUGACCUACAUGCAUGUACAGACCUUAAAAACUAUGCUCAGACAUACACUGAGCAACAUUUUGUUGAUGUUGUACAUUAUGAUGAAUUUCUGUCUCUUCCAUGUGAAAGUGUAUGUAAACUGAUCUCCAGUGACAGACUAACUGUAAUAACUGAAGAACAGGUUUAUGAAGCUGUAAUUUCAUGGGUCCAGCAUGACAUAUCAAAUAGGGAACAAACUUUAUCAGAACUUUUAGAAAAUGUGCGAUUUCCAUUAAUGACACAGGACUAUCUUGUACAAAAAGUUGAAGAGGAACAAAUGAUUAAAACUAGUAGUCGUUGUAAAGACUUUCUUAUAGAGGCUAUGAAAUUUCAUCUAUUAAAAACGGAACAAAAAGCUAUAUUUAAAACACCUAGAACAUUACCAAGAACUCCUCUAGGAUUACCCAAGGUUUUAUUAGUUAUUGGAGGCCAAGCACCUAAAGCUAUUAGAAGUGUAGAAUGUUAUGACUUCAAGGAAGAAAGAUGGUUUCAAUUAGCAGAAAUGCCUUCAAGGCGAUGUCGAUGUGGUGUAGCGGUUGUGAAUGGUUUAGUCCAUGCUGUUGGUGGGUUUAAUGGUAGUUUACGAGUACGAACAGUAGAUGUUUAUGAUCCUGUUAAAGAUAUAUGGACGGCGUGUCCUAGUAUGGAAGCAAGGCGAAGUACAUUAGGCGUUUCUGUAUUAAAUGGUCUUAUAUAUGCUGUUGGUGGUUUUGAUGGGUCUUCAGGUUUAGACACAGCUGAGUGUUAUGACAUAAGAACUGGUGAAUGGAGAACAAUAUCUAACAUGAGUACAAGGAGGAGUAGUGUUGGUGUUGGGGUUGUAAAUGGAAUGUUGUAUGCUGUAGGUGGAUAUGAUGGUGCCUCUCGGCAAUGUUUGAGUUCUGUAGAGUGCUACAAUCCUUUAACAGAUAAAUGGAUAGCUGUCAGAGACAUGUCAUGUAGAAGGAGUGGAGCUGGAGUAGGCAUAGUAGAUGGCACACUGUACGCUGUGGGUGGUCACGAUGGGCCUUUAGUAAGGAAAAGUGUUGAGAUGUAUGACCCAGAAACUAAUGACUGGAAACAGUCUGGUGAAAUGCAUCUUUGUAGACGGAAUGCUGGUGUAGUGUCAAAUGGUGGUUACUUAUAUGUUGUUGGUGGUGAUGAUGGAUCUUCAAAUCUAGCUUCCAUAGAAUGUUUUGAUCCUAAGACUAAUUUAUGGACAUUACUUAGUGCUAGCAUGAUGACAGGGAGGAGUUAUGCUGGAGUAACUGUUAUAGAUAAACCAGUCUAACUCUAAUAUUAAAACCAGUCUAAUAAUUAUAGAUAAACCGUAAUAAUAUUAUAAACCUGUCUAGAAGCAGCUCUUUUUUUUUUCCAUUUUAAUAACCACAGCACUAAGGUUGAAACUAGCAAGAAUGCUUUUAGCAUUACUUAGCAUAACUUUCUUCUUUAUAUAUUUGAAACAAAUAUUAAUAGAUCAAGAUCUGAAACAAACAUUUUAACAAAUAUAUAAGAUAAAAUAAGUUACUGUAAAAGACUUUAUUGCUAUUUGUCCGUCAUUACUGGAUAUCACAACAGUUCCUGUAAAAAUUAUGAUGUCAUAAUAGAGAAUAUCUGAUGCCACAAUGGUAAGGGCUGUUCCAGAAAAUACUAUGUCCCCCCCAGGGAAGGCAAUUUUUUUAAAUAUUAUGUGGGUGGUUGUAUUUGAAAUACCAAAAUGCAAAGGGAGUGCUGUUCUAAUUAAAUU